AUUAUAUUCUGUUAUUGCUAAUUUUUCUGUGCGGCGUGCGCGUGAAAGCGUGGUUAUUCUCUGGCGUCUGACAGCAGUGUGUUUUCGAAUAGACGAUAUAAUUUUAACGUCUAGAAAUGGCUGAACUCGUUCAGAGAAAUAUCGAGGGCUUCAUCCCCGAAUUGGAGCAAAUGGAAAGGACUGGUCUAGUCACUAGAGAUCAAGUCAGGCAAAUCCUGAGGCGCAGGAAACGGUUCGAGUAUCGUCUGCGUCGAAGAAAGAAGUCCAAAGAAGACUACUUGACUUACAUUCAGUAUGAACUGAACCUGUAUGAGCUGCUUCAAAAGAGAAGAGCAAGGCUCCGAAUAACAGACAAAAGGCCCGAGAUUGAUCUCAUGAUUGCAAAGAGGAUCAACAAGCUUUUUAAGAAAGCUGUACUCAUGUUCAGUGGGGACUCGAAGCUGUGGCUGUCACACAUUGAUUUUUGUGUGCGCAUGGGCUGGAACCAUGCUGUGGGAACACUUUACACCCGCAUGCUAAAUCUUCAUAGUCACAGGCCAGAGAUCUGGGUGGCCGCUGCAAAGUGGCAGCUGGAGUGCAACUCCUCUCCAGAAAUGGCUCGUAAGCUGCUUCAGCGGGGGUUGUUGUUCAACAGCAAGUCAUUCCUGCUCUGGCAUGAGUACUUCCGCAUGGAACUGAUUUUCGUUGACAAGAUGAGAAAAAGGAAGGAAGUUCUUGGCAUUGAGGAUAAAAAGGAUGAUGGAGAAGCUGAAGAUGCUGUGCUCAAGGCAAAGAUCCCUUCACUCAUCUACGAUGCAGCUGUCAAGUCCAUUCCAGGCAUUGAUUUUGCCUUGUCCUUCCUGCCCAUCUGUGAUGCCUUUGACUUUGCUGACCACUUGGCAGAGCGGAUACUGGAAGAUGUGCAGACUCGACAUCCGAAUCAAGAGCAGGUGUGGGAUGCCAUGGCAAGAAGGCAGCUCGUUUGCAAGGAUGAUACAGUGGGGCCUCUUGCUGAAAAUGUUGUACACGGUGAAAAAAGAGGUGCUGCAGCAGCUAGGGCCAUCUUCGAGCAAGCUCUUGUACGGCUCCCAACAGAGACAAUGUGGAAGCUGUACAUUCAGUUCCAAUUGGAACUCUUGGAGCAGUCCAGCAGUGAGAAACAGGCCGCAAAGAGGCUACGUCAAGUAGACACUCUGAUGGAGAGGGCUUCGAAUGAAGAGCUGCUGACAUUUGAACACCAUCGGGAAUGGGUGAAGCUUCUGCAGAGCUGUAAAGAACACGAAGCUGCCUUGGCUUGUGCUCAGGCUAGUGCCAAAAGGUGGCCAAGAUCUGUUGAUGCUUGGCUCCUGUUGCUUGAAUUGCUCAUUGCAAGAGGACCUGGGGCUGAAGAUGUGCUUAAAGCUUUUGAAGAGGCCCUGUCUGCCAUUCCCAAACAGGAGUCCCUGCCAGUCUGGAAGCGAGCCAUGGAAUUUCUUUCUUCAGAAUCCCCAGAGGAAACAAUACCUUUUUUUGAGAAGGCAUUGUUCUACCCACAUGAUGUGUGCACCUAUGCAAAGGAGAAACUCCUGGAAUUGCACUCUUUGUACCGUGGCUACAAGGCUGCACGGAAGUUUUACAAAAGAAUGCUGCACCUCAAGCCCCUGUCACUUGCCUUUUUUCAGCGCAUGAUUGACAUGGAGAAUUCCAGCGCUCAACCAGAUGCGGACAAAUUGAGGAGUUACUUUGAAAAUGCAGUAGCUGAGUUUGGGGAAACAAAUUUUGAUCUCUGGAUGAAGUACAUCUUGUUUGAGCUGAAACAUCCAGAAGGAAAGCCUGAGCAAGCUGGCGUCCUCUACCACAGGGCUGUGAAGACGCUGCAUGAUGACCUCACUGACCACUUCAUUUCUGCUUACUCUUUGCUGGACACCAGUAAAUCUUAAAUGGGUGGCCA